UGUGAUUGUAAGACGAAAGCCCUUUGUCUUUAAACUGUAAGAAAAUAAGAUCAGCGUGUUUUUCUGAAUGUUUGAGGAAAACCAUAAAGCUGUGGAUGCUGAUGGGUUAAUAAAUGUGUCUACUGGUUAAAGUUUCAGGAUCAAGAGGAACUUCGUGAGGCUCCAUAUUUUUCUCCUUCCACUUUUCUUUGAGGAACAGUUCCAAGUUUUCUUCUUGUUCCCAGUGGAGCAUCAUCACCGCUGACGCCCACGUUCUGACCAACAAUUGGCUGAGCUCAUUAAGCUUUAACUCAGACAUUUGUCAUUACUUUUAUUAAACUAAUCUAAAGAAUAUAUGUCAGGUAUCUCGUUGUUUGGGCAGAAUAAUUAAAGACUUAUUAAAAGUGGAGCAUUAAUGACAUUUUAUAAAGUGAUCAGUUAAAGCUGUACGGCCUUUCAAAUUUCACAAAACUGACAGCAUUUAGUUUCUCCAAGCAUUAUAAUGUUAGUUUAUUUUUGUAACAUGCUGCAAAAUUACAAAUCAUUUUUGCUGAAAAGAACAUUUAUCUGGGGGAAAUUCCGUGGCGAAUAUUGUCUUUUCCAACUAACGGCCUCGUAUAGACAAACUGCAGGAGGAAACCUGUGUGCACAUGCAUGAGGUUUUGGUUUCUGUCACGCUGCCUUUCUUUACUCUGAUUGGUUGUUGCCAUGUGAUUCAUAGCAUUCGUGUAGCUCGGGGGAAUCCUUCACGUGGUUUCUGACAUCUCUAACAAAUGUAGGUCAUGAAGUCUGAUUGCUUGAAUUUCGACUCAUCGGGGGUCCAAAUUAAAAAAAUUCUAAACCAUAUAACUGUUGCCAAAAUCAUAUUAUGAAUCCCUUAUUUAAAUGCUAAGGAAUAAAAUUAUAAUGGUGCCAAAGAAAUUUUUUUUAUGACUUAAAUCCUAAAAAAACAAAAAAAACAAAACCAAAGGCUGUACAGCUGUACUGAAAAAUUGGUUAAUUGAUGGAGACAGCUAUGGCUGCAUGCAAUUUUUUUUAACUCAUUCCAUUAAAAAAUGAUUUGUGUACAGGGCAUAUAAUAAAAAAAAUUAUGACCAGUUUUUAUAUUUUGAAAAUGCUUCUCGUGGUUUUUAUGAGUAAGUUAUAAUGCAAAAACUUCAUUAAAUUAUAGAAAAACAAUAAUAAGGUGGAUGAGGAAUUUUCUUAGUUGAGGAAACAGGCUUUCGCAUUAUUUUUUGCUUUUUACAGAAAACAUAAAAAAUAUUUUCUUUAAAAAGACAAAUAUUCAUCAUCACUGCCAGUUUCUACGGUGACAACGGCUUUGGUCUUUAUUAUGUCAAACUGAUGUUCCAUCUGGACCAGAACAUGAUCUGAAAACAUGCCCUGAAUUAUUUACUGUUCAACAGUCAGCUACUCCACAGACAUGACCUUUGCCUAAAUGAGGCCUUUAAGGGCAAUUCCAGAGUUGACCUUCAUCCACAUACCAGGUUCAGUGGAAAUCAGCCAGAGGACCUGGGAUGUGUCUCCCAUCAGACAAACAGGCAUGACCUUGACCCCAGUGAUUGACCUUUGACAAAUCUGACCUUGCUAAUAUGUGUGCAGUAACUCAUGCAAAUGGUAGUAAAACUAUUCCAAUACCAAGUUUGGUGAAAAACGUCCAAAGGACCUGGAGAAAGGAGAAAGAAAUGCUGCUGAAAUUCGAGGACAAUGUUCCCAAGAGUUGUCACGGAGAGAAAUGAAACAGAAAAACUUUUUUUGUGUGUGUAUGAGUUUAGAGAGAAGUUGUGUAAAUGUUUAAGAAAUGAAAUUUUGCUUUUGUUAUUUUUGUUCUUUUUCUUUUCGAGUGUUGACCAGUUUAAUUUGGGAGACGAGGCGAUUAAACAUCGGACACAAGUAAGUAUAAUUUAGUUCACACUCGUUCUCUCUACCCGUCUCCUUAAUUAUCCCAAAACUGCUCAGGUUUUAUGAUUAAUGUUCAUACUGAUAUUUUUGCUUUUAUUGUUUAUUGUUGCUAUUAUUGUACAGUAUCAAUAAUAAUGAUCAGAUUUACAUUUAUUCAGCCGAAACUGCUUUACGUCAGGAUGAAAUUUAUUUAAAAUGGCAGCAAUCUGAGAUGUUGAAAGAAGAUAAAGGUAGAAGUGAUUGUGAAACCUUGGAGAAUUUAUAUUUUGUCUGUGAGUCACCCCCGUAGCACCCCAGGGUGCCCCAGCUGACAAACACACAACUGAUAACGUGUGUGUGUGUGUUCGUGUUCAUGAUAUUAAUACAGAAUUCUUAUAUGAAAUCAGCAUGUGAUUUUCGUGUCUGAGUUACUCUGUGGCUCCCCCUAGUGAAGAAACCUGCACAACCAGCACUGUUUAUUUCAGUUUUUUUAUUGAUCAUUUCUGGUAUGUAAUUACAAGUGAAUAUAUGUAGUAAUUAUAGUAACUUUUAUUGCCUCUGAGUCAUUUGUACGCACCUUUAAAUGUUUUAAGUCCAUGAACAAACUGUUCACACCUCAUAACUACGUCAGUGCACCAAUGUCUGAGUCCCCCAUCGGGGCAGAGUUCUGAUCCACAUUUGGUCAGUAUUAUUGAUUGGUCACUGCGGCCCCUCCCCUUCCCGUUGACUGUGCACUGGGGGGGCGGGGGUGUCAGGAGUCUGAUUUAGUCUUUUUAGGUGCCACAGUCCACUGGAAUCCACAGGUGAUCAUCAUGUAUCAGUGGACGCUCAAGAUAAUCUUAUUUCUUACACUUUUCUGCAGCUCAGAUGGACAGCUUGGCUGGCCCUUCGAUAGGCCCUUUGAUAGGCACUUUCACAUGAGCACGAAACCCAGGUUCACCCUGCUGGCUCCAGACCUGCUUAGAACCGACAGCCCAGAGAGUAUCUACCUCCAGGCUGACAACGUGCAAAAUUCCAUCACCGUCUCCAUCAGCAUCCAGGAAUUCAAACAGAACUCCAUGCUCCUGCAGGACUUGGCCACACUCAGUGCAGACAAUAACUUCCACACUCUGAAGUUGAUACAGCUUUCCUCGGACCAACUGAAUCGAGAUGAAAAGAAAAACAAGUUUGUGAAACUGAAGGUGGCAUUUGGCACUUACCACACCGAGGAGCGGAUGGUGAUGGUGUCCUUUCAUUCCGGUUACAUCUUCAUCCAGACCGACAAACCCAUCUACAACCCAGGAGACACGGUGCAGUACAGAACCUUUGUUUCCUCUCCAUCUUUUAAGGCCUUUGACAGCUCCAUCACAGCAGAGAUUAAGAAUCCAGAUGGCGUGGUGGUUAAACACACCUCCAGGAUCAGAUCUCACAAUGGCGUCUUUGCAGACAACUUUCCUCUCUCUGAAAUAGUCAAUGAAGGAAUGUGGACGGUGACCGCCAAGUUUGACCACUGGCAGCAGAAUACUUUCACCUCCCACUUUGAAGUAAAGAAAUACGUGCUUCCUGCCUUCAACGUUACCUUGACGCCACAGAAAUCCUUCUUCAGCCUGGAUGACACCGAACUAUCAGUUGAGAUCUCAGCCAAGUACCUGUACGGGGAGCCGGUCCAUGGGACGGCCUACGUGGUGUUUGGGGUGGUCAUCGAUAAAGACAAAAUAAGGUUGCCUUCUGUCAAGCAGGUGUCUGACCUCACAGGCGGAGUUGUGAGUCUCGGCAUGGACGAGCUCAAGAGAUCUUACCCCAAUGUCGCGUCUUUGGUUGGAAAAUCAUUAUAUGUCAAGGCUUCUGUUCUCACCAAGACUGGCAGUGACCUGGUUGAAGUGGAGAAAACUGGCAUUAAGAUUGUGGAGUCUCCCUUCGUGUUAUCCUUCAAAGACCUUCCAAAGUAUUUUAAGCCGGGCCUCCCGUUCGACUUCACAGUUCAGGUGACUUACCACGACGGUUCCCCGGCUCGUAAUGUCCCGGUCAAGCUGGAUCUGCUGGAUGCGCCCUUGGUUGUCAGCUCCGGUACCACCAGAGCCACCAUUAACAUGCCCAAGGGUCACCGCUCUCACGUCAUCAAUGCUGUGACCGCACAGGCCGGUCUGAGGCCGGAGCAGCAGGCCAAACAUAAGGCGACCAUUCUCCCGCACAACACCUACAGCUUUGAAUUUCAAAACUUCCUGUAUAUCUCGAUAGGGACCAACAAGGUGUCUCUUGGUGAAAGACUGUCACUGAAACUGACGGUCAGCGUCGCAGACGCAACUUACCGAAAGCACGUCAAAGACAUCACCUACCUGGUUCUCAGCAAAGGUAGAAUCAUUGAGGCUCAGCGGGUGGAUGUGAGCGGGCAGGUCUUGACCAGCGUUGGGUUGACAGUCACCUCGGACAUGAUGCCGUCCUUCCGUUUUGUGGCGUUCUACACCAUUCCCUGGCAGAACCAGCCUGAGGUCGUGUCUGACUCCAUCUGGGUGGACGUGGCAGAUUCCUGUGUGGGAGGGCUGACCGUCAGGCCAGUGGACGGCAUACAUCGAAACUACCAGCCAGGGAAAAGCUUUAAUUUCAAGGUCAGAGGUGACCCGGGGUCACAGGUCCACCUGGUGGCUGUGGACAACGCGGUGUAUCUUCUCAACAAGGACAGACUCACGCAGAGGAAGAUUUGGGACGUGGUGGAGCACGGAGACAUAGGCUGCACGCGAGGUGGAGGUCGCAACGCCAUCGCUGUCUUCACAGAUGCAGGACUCCUGUUCUCCUCCAGCGGCGGCGUCAGAACCCAAAAUCGACACGCACUGCGAUGUCCAGGUAGUGCCAGAAGGAGGCGCUCUGCUGAACUGUUACAGCGUAAAGCCCAACUGGCGAGUCAUUACAAGGAGAAGCAGCUGCGCCGCUGCUGUAACGACGGACUGAGACACAUCCCGAUGCCGUACUCCUGCACUCGGCGCUCCCUCUACAUCACCGAGGGCUGGGAGUGCAUCCGGGCAUUCCGCUAUUGUUGUGCAAGCCUCCGGGGUGAAGUGUUCGAGACCGACAUGCCCACUACACCGCCGACCACCACCACAGCUGCUUACACCACCAGUGCAAUCAGGCCUUCCAUUAUCCCCAUGCGAAUACCUCUGUCGAGGCGUAGGUUUGGUAAUUGCAGAAUUGUUAUCAUGUUACAGGAUUUUGGUGUGGUAAGGCGAAAAAACAGCCACUUUUCCUUCACAAGUGCAAACAAAAAGACAGAAGAUGAAACAGUGUUCUACUCACGGCGUAACGGGGGAGGAGCAGAGGUGGAGGAGGAGGAAGAAGAGGAGGAAGAGGAAGAGUGGGAGUACAUGGAUGAGUCUCAGGUGUAUCUGCGUGACAAGUUCUAUGAGUCUUGGUUGUGGAUCCCCGUUGACCUGCCCAGUGAGUCCGACGGCAGCGACGGGUUGGCAUCUACAACAUUGAGUAAACCGAUUCCUGACAGCAUCACGGAGUGGAGCAUUCUGGCCGUCAGCGCAUCACCUAACACAGGUUUCUGCGUUGCCGAGCCGUACAACAUCAGAACAUGGAAACAGUUCUUUGUGGACUUGAAACUCCCGUAUUCAGUGGCGAGGAACGAACAAGUUGAGAUUAAAGCCGUGAUUCAUAACUACGGCUACGAAAACCUGCACGUGAGGGUGGUGCUGAUGAAGACGGAAGGAAUGUGCAGCGUCGCCUUCAAGGACAGAAACACUCAGGAAUUGUCGCUUCCCGCCGGGUCCUCAAAGGUGGUGCUGUAUACCAUUGUGCCUCUGGUGGUCGGGAAACUGCCUUUGGAAGUGGUGGUGGUCGGCAGGGACAUGAUGGGAGGAGACCGUGUCCAGAAACAUCUACGAGUGGUGAUGGAUGGAGUCCAGAAGACCAAAGUUUGGAGUGCAGUGUUGAAUCCUUCAGCUUCAGGAGGAAAGCAGGUGGUUCAUAUGCCGAAGGUGGAAGUGGAAUCAAUCGUGCCGAACUCCCAGCCGGAGACAUUCAUCAACGUCCGAGGUAAUGUGCUGGCGGACAGCAUAGACAAUUCCAUCAGUGACAACUCUCUUGCCGCGCUAAUCCGAAUGCCCGGAGGUUGCGUUGAGCAGAACCUAGCCUCCAUCACUCUGCCGCUUAUCGCCACCCUCUACCUGGACCGGGCCGAUGACUGGGAGAGCGUCGGGUUGGAACGCAAGGCCGAAGCUCUCCGAUACAUCAGGCGAGGCUAUGAGAACCAGCUUGCUUACAGAAAAAGUGACGGCUCUUACCCCCCCUACAGGCGUGAAGGCGCAAGCACGUGGAUCACGGCGUAUGUGGUGAAGGUUUUCUCCAUGGCUCACUCAAUUGUUGGCAUCAACGAGCAGCACGUGUGUGAACCCCUGCUCUACCUGGUGAACAACAAAAAACAAAGUUCAGGGAACUUUAUAGAGGACAACCCAGUCUACAGUGCAACCAUGACUGGCGGUCUCUGUGGUGACCACCCGGAUACAAGUUUAACAGCCUUCGUCCUCAUCGCACUGAUGGAGGCCAAGCAGGCGGGACUCACUUGUGGUGAAUCGUACAUGAAAAUACAGUCUGCUAUCGAUUCGGCAGCCCAGUACCUGAAAGGAACGUUGAUGAUCCCAAUAAAGCGACCUUACACCGUGGCCAUCGCCUCCUAUGCUCUAGCCUUGCUGGAAUCUGCGAAACCCAUUGACCCGAUCCACCAGUUACUUCAAGUUGCUGCAGAAGGUGGCACUCACUGGCCUGACAGCGAGAAUACUCUGUUCACUCUGGAGGCGACGGGCUACGCCCUGCUGGCGCUGAUAAAACUGGGACACAUGCGUGAUGCUGAAGCUGCCUUCAAAUGGCUGAAUAGUCAGCGGCGGCGAGGAGGCGGCUUCGGUUCUACUCAGUCCACCAUGGUGGUGCUCCAGGCGCUGUCAGAGUACAUGGUCCACGUACCCCUCAAUCAAAACCUCAAUCUAAAUGUAGACGUCAGGGUACCAGGUCGCAGCGAAAUCCGCUACCACUUUGACCCCAGCACCUCCUACGCUGCUCGCACCUCACGGUUGCCAACAGGUAUGGACUUGGAAGUGGAGGCUCGAGGAAGUGGACAAGGAAUACUGGAGGUCGUGACCUAUUACAACCAGCUCCACGAGGUGGAUGAGAAGAUACCCUGCAGACACUUUGAGCUCAACGUCACCAUAGAGGAGUCCAGCGAAAAGCCUCCAGCUGAUGUGGAGAAGUCGUACCAGAUCACCAUCAAAGUGAGGGCUUUAGGUCCCGCAGACGUCAGGAUGGUGGUUCUGGAUAUCAGUUUCCCGACCGGAUUCACUCCUGAAAACUCAGACCUGGAGAUGCUCUCCAACUCAGUCGACCGUUACAUCAAUAACUUCCAGAUCAUUGACAACCUGAGUGACAGAGGCUCCCUCAUCAUCCACCUGUUCAAGGUGUCUCACAAAGAACCAGAGAUCCUGAUCUUCAGGCUGCAGCAGAGCUUCAAAGUUGGCCUCCUGCAGCCGUCCUCAGUUGACGUCUUUGAGUAUUACAACCCAGACCACCGGUGCAGUCGUACGUACACACCCAUCGAGGACAAGACGGCGCUGAGGCAGAUCUGCAGAGAAAAUGUCUGCCGCUGCACGCAGGGUGACUGCUGCAUUUCCAAAAGCGACAAUGAAAACUUCCCCAACAAGGAAAGAGAGACGUUUGCCUGCACGCAGUUACAUCACGUGUUCCAGGUGAAGGUUGUGAGUGUGAGUCAGAGUUACUACGACAAAUAUGAGAUGGAGAUCACACGAGUUAUCAAGUUGGGUAUUGAGGCUGGAGUUGAAGUCGGCCAGAAACGAUUUUUCAUGUCUCACGGAGGCUGCAGAGAGGGACUCAGUCUGCAGAAAGGGUCUCAGUACCUCAUCAUCGGCCCCAAGGAGGACCAGUGGAACAUCGACGUCGAUACCAAAAGAUACAACUACAUGCUGGGGAAGGACACGUGGGUGGAGCGCUGGCCUUCAUCUGCAGAGUGCGCCAGCAACCCCAGACUGCAGCUCAAAUGCACCAGCCUGGAGGCGGCGACUCAGGAGCUGUCCGUUAACGGCUGCAGGCUGUAAGAGAAACGACCACAAACUCGUCAACU